AUGGAUUCAAACUCAACGUGGACCGCCAAACAGAACAAGCUGUUCGAGGAUGCGUUGGUCGUGUUAGGCGGCGGGAUAUCGCCGGAGCUGUGGUGGCGUGUGGCGAGGGCGGUGGGCGGCAAGACGGCGGAGGAAGCGAAGAGGCACUACGAGAUGCUGGUGGAAGAUGUGGAGCAAAUCGAAUCCGGCCACGUUCCGUUGCCCCGAUACAAACCGGCGGGAGAGAAGGCCUUCGAUUUCAUCGAUGAACAAGAGAGGCUGAAGCAUAUGAAGUUGGAGUGA